GAACAACUGAGCCCAAGAGAUUCAUGGUAAUCAGUUGAAAUCUUACGACUCAAGAUUUACUCAAACUGUGGGGGAUUUACCAAACUAUUGAGCUGCUCUCUGUCUACUCCGGACAUUUCUUGGCUGAUUGAAUCACCUUCUUUCAACCCUGGAAUCCUGAGCCCUGAUCACUGACCUCGACGUAGCUGUGCAAGAGGGAGACACUGGAAAAUGGCCCAAGAAGAUAAUGCAAUGCACCAAAUAUAGCACUUCUUUUUGUCACUUCAGUGCUUUUUGAAAUGUUCCAGAGACCAGGGUGCAAGCUCAAACUUUAGUGUUUCAGUCACACUUUCUACCGAACAUGAUGUGUUAUGCUACACGGAUGAAGUUUGCUCAGCCUACAGCUGUUGAGGUUAGCAGCAGACCAUCCCCAAUAUGAACAGUGUUGGUGCUGUACUGCUGUACAUCAGAUGGUGGACCAGAAUCGCCUUGAAGUCGUGCGAAAGUCUUUCUCUAUGGCCUCGCUGAACUCCUCCCACACCCGAGUUUUGCCUCAGCAACCACACUGGAAAAUCCUAUAUUUUUCUGUUACUUUAUUCUUAAAAUAAGAUAUUCAUCAGUCUAUUGUUACUUUAUCACAUAUAACAUAAAAAUGUUUAUGACUAUCUUGCAUGGAUUUGUGAUAACAUUCCUUGCAGAAGGUAAUGUGUAAGGUUUUCAAACAAGAAUAUCAUAAAGAGUCACUUGGCGAAGGGGGUGUGUCUUCAGAGGAAUCAAGUCCAAGCCUAUAUAAUGCAACGUGACCUAAACAUUUCAGUUAAGACGGAUUCAUCCUGAAAUGUUUCUCUACAAAGACACCAUGAGAAGUAAAAAACUGUAAGCUCCUCUGCCUGAUAAAGGGAUUGGUAGAAACAGGAACUAUUUGUUCAGAGCAGCAAAAUGCAGAACCUGUCUGUGCUUUCUGUCAAUGAAACUUCCCCAAAAAGCUUCUCUGUGAUCAUCAAGGUGUGUGUGGUAAUCCCGUUGUUCUGCGUCUUCCUGUACUUCAUCGCUGUCAUGCUGCAGAUCUUUGCCUCUCAUAAACAGUUUUUGGACACUUCCCGUUACAUCCUGUUUGCACAGAUGAUGAUCAACGACACCCUGCAGAUCCUGUCCUCUGUGCUGCUCUUCCUCUGUGUGAUGGGUCAGGUCAAGUUACCUCUUCUGUUCUGUGUCCCUCUGCUCUUUGUGUGCACCUGUACCUUUCUGAACACCACUUUGAUCCUGGCUGCCAUGUCACUGGAGCGAUAUGUUUCCAUUUUCUAUCCUCUGCAGCGCCCGGCCUCCUGGCGCUCAGACCGCAUCUGGAUCAUUAUUCUGCCUCUGUGGAUCAUCAGCUUCAUAUUCCCCAUUAUUGAGUUUUCUAUCGGGAAGUACAGUCCCAUUGUAGAUGUCCUUUUUACAAACAUGCUUUGCAAAGGUACUGUUAUUAACUCAUCCCUAAUCCAGGGACUGUAUCGGUUUGCUGUGUAUGUACUUUUCUUUGCAGUGGUAAGUGUUAUCAUCCUCUUCACCUAUAUGAGGAUUGUAAUGGAAACCAGGAAGAUGCGGCAGGACAGAGCUUCAGUGAGCAAAGCCAUGCACACUGUGAUGCUGCACGGCUUCCAGCUGCUGCUGUGCUUGCUGGCUUUCACUAUGCCCAUCUCUGAAACUCUUAUUGGGCUCCACACUAACUGGCUGGCUGAGGAUGUCGCCUUUUUUAAUUAUUUUUGUUUCAUCCUGAUACCUCGCUUUCUCAGUCCGCUCAUUUAUGGCUUCAGGGACCAGAGUCUGAGAAAGCACAUUGGGAACAGGUUUCUCUGCUGCUCAAAGAAAAGAAAACCCUUUUUUAAAUAGUGACUCAAAUUUAAUCUUGAUAAUGUGUUAUAUUCCUACACAAUCAUGGUUGGUGCAGGUCCUAAAGCUGGACAGACACAACCAAAGAUGUUUUUUCAGAGGUACUGGUACCCAUAAGACCCAAAGACAGCAUUCUCUACUGUGCACUGAGAUGGGAAACAUCUUAAAAGGUUGACAGUGUUGGCGUGCCGUGGUGGCGUAGGGGUUAGCGCGACCCAUAUUUGGAGGCUUUGAGUCCUC